GCUGGACCCUUUUAAAAUUGUUUUGUUCUGCGAUCCCACUACGCUUGCUAUUUGCUGAAACCUGACGGCUAGGAUAAACUUAAUACAGACAUGUCAUGUAAAGUGUGCUUUGAGCAUUAAACUGUGGGGGACAAUGUACACCAUGCAACUUUAAUAUUAUGUGUUUUCAUACGUAUUUAUUAAUAAUUGCACUCGCCGCCACUGACUUUAAGCAAGACAGUAUAUGCCCAUGUUUUGGGCUGGGUGUGGGCUGUCCGAUUGGGGACAUACGUUUUACUACCUGAAAAAUAAUUUGCCUUUCUCAGUGGACCUACCCAUUGCUUCCGCCAUGAUUGUUGUAAUGACACACUGCCAAUUUGGGAACUCGAGUUACCUCACUGGUAAAUAUGACUUUGUAAUGGCGCCCAUGCGUUCCCAUAUCAUCUUUAUGAUUUUAGCGAGUAUGUCCCGCCUUGAUCUGUCUGGUGUUGUAUAACAGCUCAGUUAAACUUUGCCCCAUUUGGAAACCGGGGACAGCGAACUGCGCAGUUCUCUUUUUUCUGAAUAUACUCAUUAAUCAUAGAAUAAUCCUUGGAACCGCGGCACUAUGUCUAGAGCAGCGAAAAGACUGAAAAUUGUCCUGAAUCACCUGGAUCAUCCUUCUACUACUCUCAUAGCGUCUCCUACUUCUGCACCGUCGGUGUCCUCACAUUACACUUUACCGCUGCGGUACACCCUUGAUAACAACGUCCUGACACCUGAGCAAAGGAUUUUCUACGAGGAAAAUGGCUUUUUGCUUAUUAAGAACCUCGUGUCUGCAGAGGACAUUGAAAAAUUCAGGACGGAGUUUGAACGCAUCUGUAGGAGAGAGGUUUACAUCCCAGGUCUGAUCAUUAUGCGGGAUGUGGCCAUCGCCAAAUCAGAGUUUGUCCCUGACCAAAAGGCGGUGUCCAAGCUGCAGGACUUCCAGGAGGACCCAGAGCUGUUCCGCUAUUGCUCCCUGCCUCAGAUCCUGAAGUACGUGGAGUGCUUCACCGGCCCGAACAUCAUGGCCAUGCACACCAUGCUCAUCAACAAGCCGCCGGAUGCAGGGAAGAAGACGUCUCGUCACCCCUUGCACCAGGACUUGCACUACUUCCCUUUCCGGCCUGCUGACCGCAUCGUCUGUGCCUGGACCGCCAUGGAGCACAUUCACCAACGUAACGGCUGCUUGGUAGUGCUGCCUGGGACCCACUGUGGCACCCUGAAGGAGCAUGACUACCCAGAGUGGGAGGGUGGAGUGAAUAAGAUGUACCAUGGUGUGAGGGACUACAACCCAGAACUGCCCAGGAUUCACCUGGAGAUGGAGAAAGGAGACACAGUGUUCUUUCAUCCUCUGCUGAUCCAUGGGUCGGGAAUGAACCAGACUCAGGGCUUUCGGAAGGCCAUUUCCUGUCACUAUGCCAGUGCAGACUGCUACUACAUUGACGUGAAAGGGACAACGCAGGAGAACAUUGAGAACGAGGUGCAGGAGAUAGCAGCCCGGAAGUAUUCCCUGGACAGCAUAAAGUUUCAGGACACCUGGGCUUUGAGGGGCCGCCUGGUGCAGGGGGAGCGAACGUCAAUUUGAAGGGAGCUGGGAUGACCGAGCCCUUGUCUCUGCCACCUGAAGCUAAUCCAUGUGGAUGACGGGCAUCGUGCCAGUGCGUCUCACCUCUCAGACACCUUCUGUGUAACUGAUGUCACUUUGCCUGAAUGAUGAAUCCGUUGCUAAUUUUUAGGCGGGGCCUGCAGGUUUGUGAUUUGUGGUCAGUAGCACUUUAACCAUGCAGUUAAUGUUCUCCAAUUCUCUAAUAGUGUCUUCACUGGAUAGUUUGUAAUUUGGGGACAAUUUUAGUGAUAAAAGGGACAGGUUACAGGUUUUUAAUAUAAUCUGAUAUAGUCUUAUAUAAUCUGAUAUAAGACUUCUCUAAUGUGCUGUAAUACUGGAAAUCUAUGUAUCAGCAUCAGAAUGCCUUUAUUGCAUGGUUGCCUUUUUAGUCAGUAGUGGGAGGGUCUUUUGGCCUCCACUGUAAUAACUCAGCUUUUUAAAACACUUAAGAGCAUGCAAUGGAUGGAAUGGAUGAAAACAGUAGUAUGUUGCCUUAAAUAAAUUCAUUAAUUUUUUGAGUUAA